AUGCGUUCCUCUGUUGCCUUCCUCUCUGCUCUGGCCACCUCGGUCUUGGCUGCCAACUCCACUGACUCUUACACCUUCCCUGAGGGCUGGAACAUUGGCCUGGUGGACUCCAGCACCCGGAGCGCCUGGUGUACUGGACAGCGCAAUGCCUGUCCUGACAUUUGCCAGCAGGGCACCAAGCUCAACUCAUGUGAUCCUGCCACCCUGAAGUUCAGCUGUGUCUGCAGCGACGAUUCGUCGCCCGAUGUUUCUCCCUACAUGCAGACCAUCCCCUUCUACGUCUGCGAGAACAACUACGGCCAGUGCAUCACCGCGCACGCCAACGAUGCGGAAGCCCAGCGUGCCUGCAAGAAGGCCGCCUCCAACUGUGGUAGCAAGAACGCCAGUGAGGAGUCCACCACUUCUUCUUCCUCCACCACCGCUGCGUCCACAACCCUGGCUACUGCCACCGCCACUGACUCGUCCGCCUCCACGACCUCUUCCGUCGCUGCGGCGAGCACCACCACCAGCAACGCUGCUGUCGCUGGUGACAUGACCAAGAUGUCCACUGGUCUCAUGGCUGGCCUCAUGUUCGUGGCCGCUCGCAUGGUCCUGUAG